CCUGCCAAGGAAACAACAUGUUAAGACAAGUGAUUAUAUCAUGUCUUGUAUUUUUGGUUGGCGCGACCACAUAUGUGACCAACAACAACGAAGUCGAGCUGCCCAUCUACCAAAAGCGUCCUUUGAGCGAACAAUUGGAGAUGAUUGAUAUCCUGGACUUGGGCGACCGACCGAGACGACAAGCGCAUCCCAAUCUGCACAAUUCCGCCUCGAAAUUCCUGCUGGAAGUAUACAACGAGAUUAGCGAGGACCAGGAACCCAAAGAGGUCCUUCAUCAGCGGCACAAACGUUCGCUGAACGAUGACAUCCUCAUUUCCGAAGAGGAUCGACAAGAGAUUGCCAGUUGCAAUAGCAUCCUGACCUUUUCGAGUCGACUGAAGCCCGAGGAACUCAACAACGAACUGGACAUGCACAUUACCUUUAAUACAAACGAUGUGCCAGUGGAUCUGAGUUUGGUUCAGGCCAUGCUGAGGAUAUACAAAAAGCCCAGUUUGGUGGACAGAAGAGAGAACUUCACGGUUUCGGUUUACAGAAAAUUGGACAACCGACAGGAUUUCUCGUAUCGCAUUUUGGGUUCCGUAAAUACCACAUCCAGUCAACAAGGUUGGUUGGAGUUCAAUCUAACCGAAAGUUUGAGGACAUGGCUACUAAAUAAAGGUUUACCACGGCGAAAUGAGCUAAGGAUCUCCGUUGGCGACUACCAAUUGAGCACUUUUGCCGCUGGUUUGGUGGCUCCCCAAUCGAGUCGCUCCAAUUUGGAACCCUUCAUUGUGGGCUACUUCAAUGGGCCCGAGCUCUUGGUCAAAAUACAGAAGCUUCGUUUCAAGAGAGAUUUGGAGAAGCGGAGGGCAGGUGGUAGUAACCAACCUCAUCCACCACCGCCACCCGUGGAUUUGUAUCGACCACCUCAAUCCUGCGAACGCCUCAACUUCACCGUGAACUUCAAGGAGCUGCAGAUGCACAACUGGGUGAUUGCGCCCAAAAAGUUCGAGGCUUACUUCUGCGGCGGCGGUUGCAACUUCCCGCUGGGCACCAAGAUGAAUGCCACCAAUCACGCCAUCGUCCAGACCCUGAUGCACCUGAAGCAGCCCCAUUUGCCCAAGCCCUGCUGUGUGCCCACGGUCCUCGGAGCCAUCACCAUUCUGCGGUACAUCAACGAGGACAUCAUCGACCUCACCAAGUACCAGAAAGCAGUGGCCAAGGAGUGUGGUUGUCAUUGAAUAGGUUCCUCAUCCAAAUAUUAAUUAUAUUUUCAAUGUAAAUAAUAUUUAAGGUAAAUUAGAAUAAGCUAGAAUACG